AUGUCCGCUCCAAAGAUCCUUGUAUUUGGUGGAGGCAGUGUGGGAGCAGUCCUCAUCUACCUUCUCUCCAAGUCAAUCAACAUCUCCAAUGUUGUGGUUGUCUGUCGAUCAAAUUACGACUCUGUUGCGCAGAAUGGUUUCACCAUCAACUCCACCAUUUAUGGCACUGGUCUUCAAGUCAAGCCGACGGCGGUACGAUCGGUGAGCGAAGCGACUUUGGCCUGUCCAGAUGGCUUCGAUUACAUUCUCAUCACGACCAAAGCAAUCGAUAGUGGGAAGAUGACCCAAGCCGAGAUGAUACAGCCCGCGGUCUCUUCCCAGACAGCCAUCUGCCUGAUUCAAAAUGGCAUUGGAAUCGAGGAGCCCUACAGAGCCCUGUUCCCAAACAACCCAAUCGCAAGUGUUGUCAUCUACAUGCCGUGCACACAGACCGCUCCGGGCGUGGUCUCUCAUACAACAUAUGCAAAGUUCAUACUGGGAGCCUACCCAGCGGAUUCACCCCCAGCACAUCUCAGCACUGUGGACCAUUUGACAGAAAUUCUCAACGCCGGCGGAGCUACUGCUGUUCACGAGAAAGAUGUCCAACUGGCGCGAUGGAUGAAAUUGCUCGUCAAUGGGGCCUACAAUCCCAUCUGUGCUCUAUCUCGACUUCGCGAUGUUCAAUUUUUGGGCUCAUCCCCCGGCGCUCAGUCAUUCCUGCGGAAGGUCAUGGGUGAAAUCGCCAGUAUCGCCCGGGCUGAGGGAUUCACCGAGGUGAACGAUGAGAUCGUCGAUCGCCAACUGGCCAUAUCUACGGGCAGGGCGCCCCCGGGCGUGGAGCCGAGCAUGAUGGCGGAUGCUCUUUCUGGCUCGCACUUGGAGAUUGAGAGCAUCGUUGGAAAUGCAUUGCGGAUUGCGCAGACCCGAGGGUUGGACGUCCCGAGGUUGGAGGCUAUUUACUAUUUGGCUAAGGGGCUUGAUAUGAGCUUCGAAAUUCCCGAAUCGUUGCAAGGGUAG